AUGUUGUCACUCUUUGCCAGGUCUGCUCUCAAAACACACAGGGGAUUGGGGCCCUGGAGCCAUACAGUCAUCCGAGCCAUGUCGUCAUCCGAUGGUCCCACGCCCCCUUACACCACCCUGGCCAUCAGCCACCCAACUCCAACGAUCACACACGUGGAGCUGCACCGCCCCUCAAAGCGAAACGCCAUGAACAAAGCUUUCUGGAGUGAGAUGGUGGAUUGUUUUAACCAGAUCUCUGAUGACCAGGACUGCAGAGUGGUGGUGUUCUCGGCCGCAGGGAAGGUCUUCACAGCGGGUAUUGACCUGAUGGACAUGGCCGGCGAUAUUCUGCAGCCCGAAGGUGACGACACAGCUCGGAUAUCAUGGAACCUCAAAAAGACCAUCAGCAAGUACCAGAACACAUUUUCAGUUAUUGAGAGGUGUCCAAAGCCAGUUGUAGUUGCAGUACAUGGAGCCUGUGUGGGAGGAGGUGUGGACUUGAUCACCGCCUGUGACAUCCGUCUGUGCACCCAAGAUGCUUGGUUCCAAGUCAAGGAAGUGGAUGUCGGGCUGGCAGCGGAUGUCGGAACGCUGCAGAGGCUCCCAAAAGUCAUCGGCAGCCGCAGUCUUGUGAAUGAGCUGGCUCUUACCGCGAGGAAGAUGUAUGCAGAUGAAGCCUUGAAUAGCGGACUUGUCAGCCGAGUUUUCGCCGACAAGGAGGCCAUGAUGGCGGGCGCACUGGAAAUGGCCGAAGAGGUUGCCGCUCGCAGCCCCGUAGCCGUGCAAGGCACCAAAGUCAACCUAAUCUACUCCCGAGACCACAGCGUAGCGGAGGGACUCAACUACAUGGCGGCGUGGAACAUGAGCAUGCUGCAGACUCAAGAUCUGAUGAAAUCGGCUCAAGCCUCGAUCGAGAAGCAGAAUGUCAAAAGCAUCAAGUUCUCCAAACUGUGA